CCACCUUUUCUGGACUUUCAGAGUUGAGCACCAUGGGGACUCUAAAUGAUCAGGCAGUUUUACAGGCCAUCUUCAACCCUGACACCCCAUUUGGAGACGUGGUUGGAUUGGACCUGGGAGAGGAAGCUGAGAAAGAAGAUGAAGAUGGAGUUUUCCCUCAAGCACAGCUGGAGCAGUCCAAGGCCCUGGAGCUGCAGGGGGUGAUAGCGGCAGAGGCUGGUGACCUCAGCACAGCCCUGGAGAGGUUUGGCCAAGCCAUCAACCUGCUGCCUGAGAGGGCAUCAGCCUACAACAACCGGGCCCAGGCCCGGCGACUCCAGGGAGACGUGGCAGGUGAGGAGGCCCUGGAACCUCUACAGAAGGGGCCCUGGAGUGCACAGACCAAAAGUGAAGUGGUUGUGGGGCUGGGGUAUGGAGGUGGGGAGUCAUUAAGCCCCCCUGGAAUCUGA